AUGGAUACCCAAUCGACUGGGGAAGAUCUGGAAAAGGAUCUAACAAAGCUUCUGCAUGAAUGUGAGGCUAAAGUAUCUCGCCUCGACAUUUGCGCGAGGUUGAUCCAAAACAAUAUAAUCUUUUUCUUCCAUGGGUUCCUUUUCAAAUGGUCCUUGAUGCGCAUCAAGCUGACCGGCAUCAUUCAGCUUUGUGGUAUUGCAGAUGCUAGAAUGCGAGGGACCCCUUUAAGGAACCUGAAGAUGUUUGAGGAGCUGUGCGGUUCCGACGUAUUGGCAAACAUUAUUCUUACGACCACUUUCUGGAACCAAGUCAUCCCGAUGUCGGUUCCCAACGCGAGGAGCAACUAA